UAGAUGACUAAAGAUUUUGUAUACAAAAUGAAAUUUUUUAGCUCUUCUUUUUUGACAAUAAGCGCGAAACUGUACAGUUUAAAAUACAUUUCCUCUUUGCUCGUUCACAUUUGUCUCUAGUGUAAACCAAUGUGAACCUAGCAUUACAAUACUAUAGCGCUGUAAACAUUUGAGCGGGAAGAGUAUUCUUAAAGGUAUAAUUGUGUUUAAUACGAUCCUAAAAAGGAUUGAUUUAUUUAAAUAAAGGAUAGAUUUAAAGUAAAUUUGCAAUUAGUUGAAGAAAUACAUUUAAUAAAAUGCCGUCGAAGAUACUGAGAGAUUAUACAAAAGCCAAAGACCAGUUAAAACUGUUUUUAACAGAGUUUAUGAUAGCAGAUAGCAAUUCUGGUGAAAAAGUAUUUAAAUAUAAAAAGCAACUCGUUAAUAUCGCUCAUCGCGAACAGAUAGAUAUUACAAUAGAAUUAGAUGAUGUUCAUGAGUUUGAUGAAGAAUUAGCUAUAUCUAUUGCAAAUAAUACACGAAGAUAUGUCAAUUUGCUUUUAGAACUUAUUCAAGAGAUGUUACCUGAAUAUAAAACUCGAACUGUAUUACCAAAAGAUGCAUUAGAUGUAUAUAUUGAACACAGACUAUUGAUGGAAAGCCGUAACGUUCAUCUUGGCGAACAGCGUGAUACAAGAAAUAAAUAUGCUCCAGAACUUAUGAGACGCUUUGAAGUAUAUUUUAAAGAUUUUGAUACAGCAAAAAGUUAUUCUGUAAGAGAUAUAAAAGCAGAUAAAAUAGGAAAAUUGGUUACAGUAAGAGGUAUAGUAACUAGAUGCAGUGAUGUACUGCCACUUCUUGUUGUUGCUACAUACACGUGUGAUCAAUGUGGUGCAGAAACAUUUCAACCAGUGCACUCACUUAAAUACAUGCCAUUACGGACAUGUCCUAGUGAUGAUUGUCGCAUAAAUAAAUCUGGUGGAGUGUUAGAUAUGCAAACAAGAGGUUCAAAAUUUGUAAAAUUUCAAGAAUUAAAAAUACAAGAACAUAGUGAUCAAGUUCCUGUAGGACACAUUCCAAGAACACUGACAGUAUAUUGUAGAGGAGAAACAACAAGAAAGUGUUUACCUGGAGACCAUGUACUUAUUACUGGCAUCUUUUUGCCCAUCAUCAAAUCUGGUUUUAUUGCUAGAGUUGGUGCAGCUCUUUUAAAUGAAACAUAUUUGGAUGCACAUAGAAUUGUUUGCCUUACUAAUUCUGAAACUGCUGAUGACAGUACCACUGUAUUGACUGAUGAAGAAUUAUCUAUAUUAAUGGAAGAUGAUUUUUAUGGCAGAUUAGCUCAGUCAAUUGCUCCAGAAAUUUAUGGGCUUGAAGACGUUAAAAAAGCUCUAUUAUUACUUCUAGUUGGUGGAACAGAUAAACAAAAAGAUGAUAUUAAAAUUAGAGGUAAUAUCAACAUUUGUUUAAUGGGUGAUCCUGGAGUUGCCAAAUCGCAAUUGCUUUCAUUCAUAACAAGAUUGGCGCCUCGAUCUCAGUAUACAACUGGCAGAGGAUCUUCUGGAGUAGGUUUAACUGCUUCGGUUAUGAAAGAUCCAUUAACUGGACAAAUGAUGCUUGAAGGGGGAGCUCUAGUACUAGCAGAUGAAGGUGUGUGUUGCAUUGAUGAAUUUGAUAAAAUGGCAGAUGCAGAUCGAACAGCUAUUCACGAAGUGAUGGAACAGCAGACUAUAUCAAUCGCUAAAGCAGGCAUCACAACUCGUUUAAAUGCAAGGGUUUCAAUAUUAGCUGCUGCAAAUCCUGCUUAUGGCAGAUAUAAUCCUAAAAGAACAAUUGAACAAAAUAUUCAAUUGCCUGCUGCUUUAUUAUCACGAUUUGAUUUAUUAUGGUUAAUUCAAGAUCGAGCGGAUCGUAAUAAUGAUUUAAAAAUGGCUCAACAUAUAACUUACGUUCAUCAGCAUAGUAUACAACCUCCUACGGAAUCGCAAGCAUUAGAUAUGAAUUUAAUUAGAAAAUAUAUUACGUUAUGUAAAACGAAACAACCAGUUAUACCUGAAGAUUUAACGGACUAUAUAGUUGAAUCUUAUGUAGAGAUGAGAAGAGUCGCCCGUAAUAGCGAAGAUAAAACGUUUACAUCUGCACGUAAUUUAUUGGCGUUAUUACGUUUAUCAACUGCUCUGGCUCGUUUAAGAUUAUCAGAUGUUGUUGAAAAGGACGAUAUUAUUGAGGCGAAUAGAUUAAUAGAAAUGUCUAAACAUUCUAUUAACUAUUCUGAGACAUUAACGUCAAACGCACAACAAAAUCCAAUGAACCGAAUCUUUUAUCUUAUCAGAGAACUAGCGGGCGAAAAGAAAACUAUUAAAGUAUCAGAGAUAUUAGAACGCUGUACUAGUAAAGGAUUUAAACCUGACCAAAUUAACGAUUGUAUCGAAGAAUACGAGGCGCUGAAUGUAUGGCAAGUGAAUCAAACAAGAACACAAAUAACAUUUAUUUAAAUAUUGUAUUAAAUAUGAAUAUAGUAUGACAAUGUAUAAAAUAUUACUUUUUAUACU